GCCUUUUUCAAGCUCCAGAGACUACUAUGACCUGGAUGACUGCGAAUCUACACAGACAUUUUCCCACUUCCUUGAACUGUGUGGCAAACCAGAACUCGAGACCACAGUCAUCACCACCACUGCUGAUUAUGGAUGUAAUAGUGCGCCGCUGUCCGUUCUUGGCUCGUGUGCCCCAGGCCUUCUUCCAGCAGUCAAAAAAGACUCUGGUAUCGUAUGCCCAACGAUGUCCCAUCAUGAUGGAGCUGGCUGCAAAACCUAUGGCUCCUUCAAUGGCACGUGCACUCUGUUCCUCGUCCUCCCACCAGUCAACCGAGAACACCAUGUCUGCUGCCCCCAAACAGGAGGUGGAGUCCAAGCUGCCCGCAGGCCACCCUGUGCCACCUCCGGCACAGAUGAUGGGCUCCAAAUGCCCUUUCCUGGCUGCUGAGAUGAGCCAGAAGAACAGCGGUGUAGUCCGUCAGGUUGGCCUGGAGUUCCAAGAGGAUGUACAGGAAGUCCGCACUGUCAAGAAAGAAGUGUCUGCUGCCCAGUUGAAGCAGCAAUCCUUGGCCAGUAACACUGAAGGAGAAACCACAUUAAUGAAAACUCUCCUGAAACAGCGACCCAAGAAGGUCAGCCACCUGCUGCAGGACAACUUACCAGCAAGAAUGGCCCGCUUCCAAUACGAUGAGUUUUUUGAGAAGAAGAUUGAAGAGAAGAAGAACGAUCACACGUACCGUGUGUUUAAGACGGUGAAUCGUCGGGCCACUGAGUUCCCAAUGGCUGAUGACUUCACAAACUCUCUAGAAGAAAAGCGGGAUGUGUCAGUUUGGUGUAGCAAUGACUACCUGGGCAUGAGUCGACACCCUCGAGUGGUGCAGUCCAUCAUGGAUACUCUACAACAGCACGGUUCAGGGGCAGGAGGUACCAGGAAUAUCUCUGGGACCAGUAAAUUCCAUGUGGAGCUGGAACAAGAGCUGGCUGACCUUCACAAGAAGGAUGCAGCAUUGCUUUUCACCUCUUGCUUCGUUGCCAAUGACUCUACCCUAUUCACUCUUGCAAAGAUGCUCCCUGGUUGUGAAAUCUACUCUGAUGCAGGCAACCAUGCCUCAAUGAUUCAAGGUAUCAGAAACAGCGGCACCAAGAAAUUUAUUUUCCGCCACAAUGAUGUAGCCCAUCUUCGAGAGCAGCUGGAGAAGGGAGACCCCACAAAACCGAAGAUUGUGGCCUUUGAGACCGUUCAUUCCAUGGAUGGCGCUGUGUGUCCCCUGGAGGAAAUGUGCGACUUGGCUCAUGAAUUUGGUGCCAUCACCUUCGUGGACGAGGUUCACGCUGUGGGCCUCUACGGCCCCAGAGGAGGGGGCAUCGGUGACAGGGAUGGCGUGAUGCACAAGAUGGAUAUCAUCUCGGGGACUCUAGGCAAGGCCUUCGGCUGUGUUGGUGGCUACAUCGCAAGUACCGCCACCCUGGUGGACACAGUGCGUUCUUACGCUGCCGGUUUCAUCUUCACCACCUCUCUGCCGCCGAUGCUUCUAGCUGGAGCCAAGCAGUCGAUCCAGAUCCUUAAAGAAGAAGAGGGGCGCUCGCUGAGACGCAAACACCAGCGCAACGUCAAGUUGCUCCGGCAGAUGCUGAUGGACUCCGGGUUGCCUGUUGUGCACUGCCCGAGCCACAUCAUCCCUGUCCGGGUCUCAAAUGCUGAGAAAAACACAGAGGUGUGUGACAUCAUGAUGCGUCGCCAUAACAUCUAUGUGCAGGCUAUCAACUAUCCCACUGUUGCCAGGGGAGAUGAGCUGCUGCGCAUUGCCCCAACUCCUCACCACACCCCUGAGAUGAUGAAAUACUUUGUUGAGAGGUUGGUCCAAACAUGGAAGGAGGUGGGCCUGGAGCUGAAGCCUCACUCAUCAGCAGAGUGCACGUUCUGCCAGCAGCCGCUGCACUUCGAGCUGAUGAGCGAGCGAGAGAAGUCUUACUUCAGUGGCCUCAGCCACCCCAUCUCAGCCUGCGCAUAACACUAAUCACCACUGCAGCCUCAAGACGGCACAUAAACGCUUAUCCUGAGUUCUUUUAUUACUGUCACAGAAUGUAUUAAUUAUCUUUCAUAAAUCCUCCUGCACACUUAAAAUUAUCUAUGUUCAGAUGUUCUAUAUACCGCAAAUAAAAUAUGGGAAAAAAGGUC